AUGUCUUCAACAAAUCAAACCCACAAACUUUGUAUGAUACCUGGCCCAGUCGAGUUUCAUGAAGAUGUGCUUGCUGCAAUGUCUACGUUGUCAACCUCGCAUGUUUCGGCCGAUUUCAUAUCAAUAUUCGGUGAAAGCAUUGAGCUUCUUCGUAAAAUAGUUUUCACUGCAAAAGGACAGCCGUUUGUUGUUUCCGGCUCUGGAACGUUAGGUUGGGAUAUGGUUGCUUCCAAUUUGGUGGAACCUAAUGAAGAUGUGUUGGUAUUGAAUUCCGGUUAUUUCGGUGAUUCUUUUAGUGCCUGCAUCGAGACUUACGGCGGAAAGGUUACGCAGAUCAAAGCACCAAUUGGCGAUAAACCCUCACUGCAAGAAAUCUCUGAAAUACUGAAAACCAAAUCCUUCAAAGCAAUAACAAUCACCCAUGUAGAUACUUCUACCGGUGUUCUUUCCGAUAUCAAAGAGAUUGCCCAACUUGUGAAAGAGCAAUCUCCAAAAACACUCGUUAUUGUUGACGGUGUAUGUUCAGUAGGUGUGGAAGAGAUUCGCAUGGAUGAGUGGGGUCUCGACCUUGUGAUGACAGCUAGUCAAAAAGCUUUGGGUGUUCCACCAGGUCUUACCAUUGAAACUUUUAAACAACGUAAAGCUCCUGUAACAAGCUAUUUCGCUUCAUGGAAUAAUUGGCUUCCGAUAAUGAAUGCUUAUGAGGCUCGUAAAGGUAUGUAUUUUGCAACACCUCCGGUGCAAUUAAUAUACGCGUUAAAUACAAGUUUGAAACAAAUUACAUCCGUGCCACUUGAAAAACGAUUCGAACAACACAAAAAAAUGAGUAAAUACGUCAAAGACACGAUUGAAGAAUUGGGACUAAAAAUGCUUCCAAAAUCAAGAGACAUGGCUGCAAACGGUAUGACCGCAGUUUAUUAUCCGGCGCCUUUGACCGCCGCAGAUCUUUUGCCUAAAGUCGCAUCUAAUAACAUUGUCAUCGCUGGCGGAUUGCACAAGGCAAUUGCAUCGCAAUACUUUAGAAUUGGUCACAUGGGUAUUAGUGUAACGGAACCAGAUAGAAAACAUCUUGAAGAAACAAUCUCGGCUUUAAAAGUCAGUUUAAAAGAUUUGGGAUAUACAGCUAAUUUAUAG